AAGUAAAAUCUUUGAACACCAUAUAUAAUGUAAUUUGCCCAAUAAAAAAAAAUUAUAACAACAAAUGAAAAUCUGAAGGCACUGAUAAACAAAACUCUUUUUUGAUUUUCUCUUCAAUCCUCCAUUAAAGUUUGGGCAUUGUAAUUUUAUGUAACAGGGAUCAUGAGAUUCAGGAAAGGGGCCAAAGUGGAAGUCUUGAGCAAAACAGAGGUGCCAUCGAGCUCCUGGCGUUGUGCUGAGAUAGUCAGUGGCAAUGGCCGCAGCUACACAGUUAGAUAUGAAGGCUAUUCCGGUGCCACUAACAAGACCAUUGUGGAGAGGGUAUCUAGGAAGGCUAUUAGACCUUGUACUCCUGUGCCAGUAGUUUCAGAUAAUUGGAUUCCUGGUGAUAUUGUUGAGGUUUUAGACAAUUUUUCCUGGAAGAUGGCAAUGGUUUUAGGGAUUUUGGAGAAAAAGUACAUUUUGGUUAGAUUGCUUGGAUCGUCUCUGGAGUUCAAAGUCAGUAAAUUUGAUAUCCGUGUGAGACAAUCAUGGCAAGAUGAUGGAUGGGUUGUGAUUGGAAAGGGUUUUGGCAGUUGUGAAGAUGGGAAACAUGGUGAAAAUUCUACUCUUAGAUACAAUCAAAAUUCUAGCUCCCAAUUUCAAAAAAAGAUAAGAAAGACAAAUCGACAUGUGAAGGGUGAAUGUGGUCCUGUUAACAAAAAGGUUAGUUGCCAGGAAUCUGUUAUUGCUUCCCCAAAAACUCUAAAGAGAGGAUGCUACUCUCAAGUUGAAGCUCAUGCUGGAGCUAGGCAGAAGCUUAUAGCUGUUGAGCAAGAUGGAAGAUUAUACCGAUUGGUUGCUUCAAACCAAGUGAUCCAUGAACAGGUAGAUGCUGUUGCUUUUCCAAGAGAUAUGCUGGGUGAAAAAUACAUAUAUGCCUCUCUGAACAACAGAAGUGGGUUGUGUGAAGUGCAUGGGGACAGGAGAAAACCAAAUGGUGCUGUUGGAUGUUAUUUUGCAGAACACUUAGAAACCAAUGAUGCUGAUAGUAUUACAUGCUCUGUUGGUAGUUGUAGCGUGAGUAGUAACUAUCUCUAUAAGUUGCCUCAUCGUAUUUCUACAGGUCCUACUGAAGAUGUCAAUGAUCAAUGCAGUGAUGCUGAAUCCUUUUGUCCAAGGGGAGAUGAGGAAGGGAAUUGUCUCUCUCCUAUGAGAGAGAAACUGGCUGCUGAGAUCCAUAAGAUAGAGUUACAUGCCUACCGUUGCACUAUGGAGGCGUUGCAUGCAUCGGGGCCUUUAAGUUGGGAACAAGAAGAAUUAAUGACUAAUCUUCGUCUAUCACUUCAUAUAUCUAAUGAUGAACAUUUGAUGGAGCUAAGAAACUUAAUUUCUACUGAUAGCAGCAUUCCUAUUAGAUAACCCAGAGUGUCUGUGGUUUUUUUUCCUUCUCUACUUUUUCCCCUUAGAAAUAGACUUGGAUAUGUCAUUACAUUGGGGGCUUCCUCAAUUGUAUGAAGCUUGAUGAACUAUGCUAUCAAUUUUCCUCAUUCAGGUUUAUGGCAUAUAGUGAUAUAUUUCGAAAUGAAUGUAACACAACAGAAACUGAAAAGCAUUAAAUGUUUCUGAACUAAGCAUUGUGUAUCAGUUCUUCUAUCAUGUCUUUUCUCCCUUAUUUGUAAAUUUAUUUUAGCAAAACAAAUCUCUGAGAAAUAGUACAUCACGAAUUUGCCAUCAAUUGGGCAGAUAUCAAGGAUAUAUUUAUCUGAUCAUUCUCUUGUGUAUAUUUCUUGCAUCUGUUAGAUAUACUAUGGAUGUAUGACUAAUCUUCUGGUGAUAUUUGAAUGCUUUAAUUUUUAAAAAAUGUUAUUCUGUGACAAAAUCCCUCUGGUUGUUUCUGAUUUAGUGUUUGUUUUAUGUUUUUCUUGAUAUUUGUUUAGUACUAAAGAAAGAUGUUUCAAGUCUUCUGUUUGAUGUGAA